AUGGACAAAGAGAAACUGGUCCAGAAGGAUCGGAGAAGACGCUCCACAUUCAGGCAGAAUGGACCCAGGUGGGUGGGCCCACCUGAUAUUAAGUUCAUCUCCGACAAGGAGCGAAUCCUGGCCCUCACACUUCCACCAAAACAUCCAUGUCCUGCCAACCAGCUUGUUUAUCCCCAUGAUGUGCGACUUACAGAAAAGGAGAAAACAAGCAUCUGCUACCUGUCUUUUCCAGAUUCCUACUCCGGUUGCCUUGGUGAUACGCAAUUCACUUUUCGAAUCCGACAAACAGUGGGGCACAAGUUAUCCAUGAAUGGAGAUGAAGAGAUGUACAACCGAGAUGCACCAGUUGUUCUUCAGCGGGAUCGAGCACAUUACUAUGGAUUUGUCUACUUCCGACAAGUCAAAGAUUGCACGGUUAAACGAGGAUAUUUUCAAAAGUCACUGGUGCUGAUUUCUCAACUUCCUUUUGUGAACCUCUUCCAUUCUCUACUGCAACUAAUUGCACCUGAAUACUUUGAGAAGCUGGAGCCUUGUCUAGAGGCAGUUUGUAAUGAGGUAGACCAAUGGCCAGCUCCACUCCCUGGAAAAACACUCAGCCUGCCUAUCAUGGGAGUGGUUAUUCAGGUGCGGAUUCCAUCUAAAAAGGAUAAACUUGGAACGAGCCCUCUCAAACAAUCUAACCAGGAGCCUGAAGGUUGUUCCCCAACCCUGGAUUUUGGAUUCCAAUUUUUGAAGGAAACCCCUGCAAAAACUUACGAUGAAAUCAAAGAUGGGUUUAUUAAUGAAACAUUCAAAAUGCAGAAUCUGUUGCCAGCUCCAUUGGUCAUUCCCACAGUACAUGAGUUGGAUCUCUUUGGAUGUUUCCAAUCAAUUUUGAUACAUAUCCAAAUGCUUUGGGAGCUGAUGUUGCUUGGAGAACCAGUGAUUAUCAUGGCAGCGUCCCCCAAAAUAUCUUCAGAUCUUGUGCUGGCACUGACCAGCUGUAUUGAACCCCUGAGAUACUGCUGUGACUAUCGACCUUACUUCACCAUCCACGACGCUGAAUUUAAAGAGUAUACAACACGAACACAGGCGCCGCCGAAUGUUAUCUUGGGUGUGACAAAUCCUUUCUUCAUCAAAACGUUCCAGCACUGGCCGCACAUUAUUCGUAUUGGAGAAGUGAAAAUGUCAGGUGAUUUACCGAAACAAAUUAAAGUCAAGAAACUGAUGAAGCUUAGGACACUAGACACAAAACCAGGUAUCUACACGUCUUACAAAACAUUUUUGCACAAAGACAAGGCACUUAUUAAACGACUUUUAAAGGGUAUACAAAGGAAACGUCCACCAGAAGUGCAGAGCGUCAUUGUCCGUCGCCACUUACUGGAACUAACCCAAAGUUUCAUUAUUCCCCUGGAGAGAUAUGUUGCUAGUCUGAUGCCACUUCAGAGAACCGUCACUGCAUGGAAGGUAUGUGCUGCCUACCUUGGCUGCUCCCAUGACUCCUACAUCCUGGAGAAUUCCUGCGUACCCGGUACAUUUGAAGGUCCAGAUGACUUACAAAAUUUGUGA